AUGUCCAAGUCAACCAAGUCCAAGUCAGCUCCCGCUGCAAAGGAAUCCAAGUCCGAUGUCUUGAGCAAGGUCAAGGGUGCCGCCGUCACCAAGCCUGCUCAAACCGGCAAGAGCAAGAGCAAGGAGAUCGCUAAAAAGGUCGCAGCCAAGGAGGAGAAGCGAAGCAAGAAGGUUCCAGUCAAGGAGCCAACACCCGAGUCCAGCUCCGAAGAGGAGGAGGAGGACAGCAGCGAGUCGGAGGAAUCCGAUUCCGAAGAAAGCGAGUCCGAAGUCGAGACCAAGCCGACCAAGAAGGCCAACGGUGUCAAGGUCGCCCCUAAGGACGCUUCCAGCGACGAAGAGUCCAGCGAAGAGUCUGAUUCCGAGGAGUCUGCUUCUGACGAGUCCGAGUCCGAAGCCGAGGCUCCCAAAACCAAUGGCGCUGCCAAAGCCGCCGUGAAGGCUGCUGAGUCCUCUGAUGAUAGUGACGAGUCUUCCGAGGAAGAAGCUGCUCCUAAGACAAACGGUACCAAGCCUGCUGAGGCCGAAUCCGAGGACAGCGAUGAGGAUAGUGAGGAGGACAGUGACGAGUCUUCCGAAGAUGAGAGCGAUGAAGAAGAGGAAGUUGAGAAGAAGCCUGCGAAGCGCAAGGCCGAGGACACCGACUCGCCUGUCGCCAAAAAGACCAAGGUUGAGACCACUGACGCCGACACCUCCAAGGGUUCCAAUCUGUUCGUCGGUAACCUUUCCUGGAACGUCGACGAGGAAUGGCUCCGCUCCGAGUUUGAGUCCUUCGGCGAGCUCAGCGGUGUUCGUAUAAUGACCGACCGCCAAACCGGCCGAUCCAAAGGAUUUGGCUAUGUUGAAUUCGUCAAUGCCGCCGAUGCCGCCAAGGCUCAGGGUGAGAAGCAUGGUGCUGAUCUUGAUGGCCGUGCCUUGAACGUGGACUUUGCCAACGCUCGUCCCGACAAUGGCCAGAAGCAAGACAACCGACGCAAGUCCUAUGGGGACCAAGUCAGUGAGCCUUCGGACACUCUCUUCCUCGGCAACCUCUCGUUCGACUGUACUCAGGAGGAUGUCACCGACGCUUUCGCUCCCCACGGCACCGUCCUAGGCAUCCGUCUCCCCACUGAUCGUGAGACCGGUGCUCCCAAGGGUUUUGGCUACGUCACCUUUGCUUCGGUCGAAGAAGCUCAAGCUGCUCUCGAGGCCAUGCAGGGUGGCUACAUCAAGAGCCGACCUGUCCGUCUCGACUACAGCCAACCUCGUCAACAGAAUGACUCUCCUGCUCGUGGCGGAUUCGGUGGCCGUGGUGGUGGCCGUGGCGGUUUCGGAGGACGUGGAGGCCGCGGUGGUGGUCGUGGUGACUUUGGCGGUCGUGGCGGUCGUGGCGGACGAGGUGGUGCUCGCGGUGGCCGUGGAGGCAGCUACAACCGUGGCGGCUUCGGAGACUUCUCUGGCACCAAGGUCACCUUCUAA